AUGGCCUUCCGCGUCCCAACCCAACUGCCUCGUCGCAGGACCUCCUACUCGACUCCCCAACCUCCUCCAACCCUCGAGAUCCCUUCAACCUCUGCGGAACAGCCUGACGACGAAACAACCCAAUGGGUGCUGUUCUCCCCGACCGCUCGCACCCAUACGACCUCAACGGAUCACACGCGCACUGCGGGGGGCUCACGGCUGAGCGAUUUUGGCUCCUUCGACACAGCCACACGCUCUGCACCUGGGAACGACGAGCCAGAAAAUGCCCUGGACGAACCACUUGACGAGGAUGGUACCGAACUCGACAGCCUGGACGAUGGUCUGCCGGCCUUUCGGGCCCCCUCGCUGCCCCCGUCUUCCCCCAACCGCUUCGACCAAGGGCCACCGGCGAUGCUUCCAGCCCAUGAUGGGCUGGGCAGUUUCCAGGCAUCCAGCCAGCAGGUCCAGGACCAGCUGUGGCAGCAUGAGAUGCACAAUCCCCAACGAAGGUCACAUGACCAACUACAUCAUCGCCGUCAUUCCAGCGUGCAGCGACAUCUGGACACCGUCGACGAGGGCGAGGCUGAUGUCGAGCGGCAGCGAUGGCAGCGGAUUGAGCAAUGGCGCAUGGAUCAGAGCCGGGCUCUGAUGCAGGAGAUCGAACGUGAGACUCAUCGUCGGCAGAGUAGCCGGACCAGUGGGUCGAGUAUGCGUCGCUCGCAAGGCAGUGUGUCUGAAUCCCCCUCCGCGGUGGUUGCCUCUCCAGGGCUUGUGGCUGAAACCGAUGAGUCGUUCUGGCGGCGCAUCACCCGGAAAGUCAUUCGUGAUCUUAUCGGGAUUGACGAUUCACUACUUUCUGUCAUCUUUGGUGAAUCAUUACCUGAGGAAGACCAGACUCAUGGUGGUGGCAUCCCGGGCCAGACUCGGCAGGAACGGCUGGAUAUGGAGACGGUGCUCGCUUGUGAAACGGGCCCCGAACACGAGGAUCCGCCGCUGUGGCAGAGCCGUGUGCUUCAACGCAUUGCUCACGAGCUGGGAGUGCUGGUACACCAGCUCUGCGACCACCCAGGGGCAUUUACAACGUACCUUAACAUGACGAGGGAUAUCCGCGCUGAAUACGCUGGCAUGCCUCUCAAUCGAUUGGCAGAUAGCACCACCACCCAGACUGCAAGUGAAUCCAUGGCUCCAACUUCAACAAACACCGCGGCCGGCGACUCCAUGCCCUCCCCACACUUCAUGCCCACGCUCCAUGAUCCAAACCGCGAACACGCCGCCGAGUGGGGCAUUGAAGAAGACGACCCCACAACGACCGACCCACUCUCCGAGUCCACACGCGUGCAUCAGGAACAAGAGUACUGGGAGCGUGGUCUCGAUGUCAUGAUGGUCUUCCGAUAUCUUCGAAACCGCUUCAGUCGGCGUGGCUACAUGUCCGACGCGCAUUCAUCCUCCGCAGCCCGUCACCCUUCUCUACAAGACGCGUCCCGCCGCGCUGCUAUCAUCCGCCAGCAUCAUCCGCUCGUCGCUCGCGCACACACUCGGUCUCAGACACAAACCCGUCGCACUCAUCUAUCCGGCGCCGUUGGCGUCUCAUCACCUCUACUGCGGCCACAUCUGCGUAGACCCAGUUCCAGCUGCGCCAGCCAGAGCAAAAUAUCAGCUAUCUCCAGUCGACGGACCUUGACUGGGUCCAGCCGCAAUUACUGGGACAUCGGUGGCAGUGUUGAUAGCGGCAGUGCCAUCGGUGUCGGUGCAGGCUUGGGAGCGUGGGGCGAGGCAUAG